AUGGGUUGCUCUGGAGAUCGCGAAAAGGGAGAUAAUCCGCUGGAGGAAAAAUGGGACUACGUUAACCUGGACGACUUCAAAUCCAGUUCAUGCUGGACAUCCUUCUCAUAUAUCUUCCUAUGGAUAAUGCUUAUAGUCUCAGUGGCAGUAUACGGUGUCGACAUCUUUACUGCUAUCAAUUUGCUUGCAUUUUCCCGUUGGUCUGGCCGCGUUGAACCCGCUAUCCCAUUCAAAAUCUCUCGGUGGAUCUUCGGCGUCUGUAUUCUCGUGUCGCUAGCUCUUCUGCUUUACCGCUGGAUAUUCGCUAUUCGUGCCAUGCGCUCCGGAAGUAUUCCUCGAAGCUACUUGGAUCCCCUUGCCGUGCGCAUUCAAAGUUUCCGUGUGCUUGAGAAGAAGGGCCGUGGAUACAAAAGGUUCCUCGUCUUUGCGGAGCUGACAAAGAGUAAAAAGGGAGCCGAGUAUGUCGCCCUCUAUACAUACUUCUCUUUCCAGUUCUGGAUGAACACCGUUUUUGCGGAUGGACCUCGCCAGGUUAUCAAUGCAAUCACCCUGUACUCCGUCAUGAAGGCCGACCUUAUCCCAGGAGGAAAGAACACAACAAGCGACGGCGACGCCUCUUCAAUCGUCCAGUUUUUUAAUAAUAUUAAAAUCCUCGCCGAAGACAACAACCUUCAAGCAGUGGUCUUGUUUGGUAUGCUUUUUACAUUGGUUAUUUGGGUACUGUCGGUUUUGAAGCUUGCUUCUGCCGUUAUUCUUUACUUAAUCUUUUUGUUCCACCAUAUCCCAGCCGAAGACGGGUCCCUCAAAGCGUAUUGCCGACGGAAAAUUAGCACACGACUUAAAAGAAUUGUGCGGAAGAAGGUUGACAAAGCCCUGGCGAAAGGUCUACAAUUACAAGACCGUCAGCCAACCCGACCUGGCCUGGCGACCUCGGAGUCGAAACCCACACUACCUUCAAUUGACAUGGAUAAGACUCCUGCUGUGACAACCUUGUCGCGUAGCACCACCGAGACAACUUUACCACCGUAUACACGGUCGAACUCGACUCGAACGGAGCGAAUGCCGACACUGCCGAAUCUCGAGCUCGACAGCAAACCGCCAUUAUCUCGAACUAUGACCAAGUCAUCAGCUAUUUCGGCGGACUCGGCGCCAUUGACCACCAAUGCGGCUCCAAUGGGAUAUAGCCCACUUGAUCACCAAGCCUCUUCAUUGCCUCCUGUUCCACCUUUGCCAGCGAAUGUUCCAUCACGGAUGGGCUCAGCUCAGCCACACACUGCUACUGGGUCUUCAUACGCACAUGAAGACGAUCAUUACUACCAAUCAUCUGAAUACCAUGAUUUGACAACCUCCGGAAUACAGCCAUCUCGGACAUUUACUCCGGCCGCUGAUCCAUAUGCCAAAUCAGCUCCACAUCUCGAUACUACUGAUGAUUAUUUCGACCAUUCUGAAGCAACCCACCAUUACGAUCAUUCUGGAUUUGAUGGUCAUUAUGAUCGAUACGGAGCGUCUGGAGAUGUGUAUGAGGAGGACGAGUUUGAUACCUAUGGAACAAAUAUGGAUCAUAGAAACAACUUUACCCAGCAGGGCCAUCCGUCCCAAGAGGGAUAUCAAGCAAGAUCGUAUACGCCGGCCUCUGCUUUGGCAGACUCCCAUCCUCAGGAUCCUUACCAGAGUAGAUCAUACACCCCGGCAAGUGCAGGUGGAUCGUACCGUCCAGAGGAUCCCUACCAAGCGAGAUCAUACACCCCGGCGAGCACUACGACAGCCCAACCUCAGGACGGAUACCAGUCCUACAGUCCAAACAACGCGACAGCUGCACCUUACCUUCAAGAUGUAGCGCAAGGUAGAUCAUAUACCCCCGCAAGCACAGGAACCCGUACGCCUCACCCACAAGGUGGAUAUCAAGACAGAUCCUUCACCCCCGCCACCGCAGGGACCCAGUCUCAGGAGGGGUAUAGGUCAUAUACUCCAGCUAACGCAUCUGCAACACACCAACCCCAAGGCUAUGCCCCGCCGCUGCGCUCUAUUACACCAGCUACCCGGACCGCACCUACUCCGCAGCCCGUAGAUCAGUCGAUGCGCCAACCCCCAAGAACUCUUACCCCCGUGAGCUCUGGGAAUGCCGGGUCGCAAAGCACUGGAUACACCGCGUUCAACCCCUCGGGAACCUCACAAACACCCCAGCCUCGCAUGCCUCGUGUGCCUCCGCCCACAGGCUACCAGCCAUUUACGCGGGCGAACACGGCUUCGCCAUCCACAAUGAACCGAAAUGGUCCUCCUGCAGGAUAUUCGUUCAAUCGAGCACACACCGACCAAUUAUGA